AUGCCCGACCCCAGCAGAAUUCCAGCACCCAUUACCCUACAACUAAUGCUCCAGGGGGACCCCAAUACCACCCACCAAUGCCCUGGACCCAAAGCAGAACCAUCCACCCAUCCACAACUAAUAGAACUUCCAGGGGGACAAGACACCCCAGAUGCCCCUGACCCCAGCAGAAACCAGGACCCAUCCACAACUAAUAUACUUCAGGGGACAGACACCCCACCAUGCCCUGAACCCCACAGAAGCCAGCACCCAUCCACAACUAAUAGACUUCAGGGGAACAAGGGAACACCCAACCAUGCCCUACCCCAAGCAGAAGCCAGCACCCCUCCACAACUAAAUAGACUUCCAGGACAAAACCCCAUGCCCUUGAACCCAUCUGAAACCAGCACCCAUCAACAACUAAUAUACUCCAGGGGACAGACACCCACCAUGCCCCCUGACCCCAGCAGAAAACCCGCACCAUCCACAACUAAUGCUUCCGGGGAAGAAGACCCCACCCACCACCCUGACCCCAUCAGAAGCCAGCCAACCCAUCCACAACUACUAGACUCCUGGGGACAAGGGACAACCACCAUGCCCGGACCCCAGCCCAGAACAAGCACCCAUCCACAACUAAUAGAAGUCCGGGGACAGACACCCACAUGCCCUGGACCCCAGCAGGAAGCCAGCACCCAUCCAAACUAA